UUAAACUUUUUGGUUUUCAAUUUUAGUUUUUUAUUUCAGUUUUGGAAAGUUUUUGCCGACCUGGCGACCUCCUCUGCAUUCUCGUAAUAUGUCAGAGAGCGAAGGAGUUUCUCUGCCUUUCUCGUUGCUGCGAAAUAAGCUUAGAGAACCGAAGGAGAACUUGGAGAUCGGCGAUACUUGUAUCUAAUUGCCAAUGGAGCUGAUGGCGUCGAGACUGAGAACAAUCGAGACUGAGAACAAAGAGUCGAGGCCUCUGUGUGUUUCCGUUGGAGAUUGGGGAGUCCAUCUUCCUCCGGCGUCCAGGCCAGAGCCUUUCUGAUGCAGAAGUGAGAACAACAUUAACCUUCGCAUUAGGCAUCACUUUCUUCUAUUCAAAAUCCACCUUCAUCCAAUCGAGGACAGUAUUUGUCAGACUCAAGAUCUGGUACUUUUGGAGAUAAAAUCCAAUAAAUAUUGUUGCAGCGCUUCUUCUCCUGAAGAUUAUGAGGAUUGAAGAUAUACUCUACUACUCAAUUGAUAUUUGUGGCUUGGAGUUUCGAUUAGACGGACCUACUUUUGCUAUCAUCGUCCCUCUAUCCCUAAUAUGCACUCGGAUUGGCACCGAUAGACUGUGGUUAAGCUCAUCAGAUCUGAUUGUCGAGGUUUUUCCACCGAAUUGAAAAGUCUUAAGACUAUUUGUGCUCUCGAUCGGAAAGCUGAGCAAGAGUAAUAUAUAGAAAGGUUUUGAGGCAUUAAUGGAGAUUCAAACUUGCUAAUGAAAAGUAAUGUUGAUCCUUCUUUCAAAUUGAGCCUCUUUAUUGAUGCCAGCACCCAUUUCUAUACCACGAUUCCUUCUAUUCAUCCACAUGUGAUUAAGGAUGAGAAUGACUUCAAAUCAAAGGUGAAAAUGAUGGAAGCUCUUCAAGAUAUUCAGAUUGCCUCCAAACUCGUAGGACUAGGUGGCAAUGAUAAUGAUUCUUCCCCGGAUGAGAAGUAUGAAAAACUACGAUGUCAAAUAUCUCCUAUUAUUCAUGAUUGUGAAGAUUACUGGUUGGCUGAGAAGUAUUACUCCAACUCAUAAGGACUGCUCUACCCCUCGGAGAGGAAGAAGUGUUUUCUCUUGAACGGAAGGGUGAAUUUGACAGGUUUGCUCCAUUGAGAAAGAAAUUAAAGAAAUGAAAAACUUUUAUGGCAUGGUUCAUGGUUGACAAAGUUUGUUGAUAUACUCAUCCCAGGACUAAGAGUUGCUCCUCCUUAAGCUCCAACUACUGGCUGUAUGUUCGGAAAAGGACUUUGCUUUGCCGACAUGGGAGGAAGUGCCAUCAAAUAGCAACGAGAAGGAAAAGCAAUAGUAUAUGAAUCACAUUCCAGAUUGGGAGAAAAUUAAUGAGGCACACCAACACUUAUGUUUGAAAGGGCGACAUACGAAAUGAAGGAAUGAUAAAAAGCAGACCAACUAAUAUAAUAGUAGUGAUACAUUUACUAAACAAGAACAGUAGAUUGAAUUGUAUAUUUGGUGUGAUGCUUUUAUAUAUUGGUUUUUGUUUCUUUUUGUUGCAUCACCUGUAUUGUUUUUUGUUGCAACGUGUUGCAUUGUGUUGUAUCAUGUUGCUUUUUGUUGCACUGUGUUGCUCAUUAUUGUUUGGUAUUUUUUGGAAGAUAUUAUUGUUUAUUGUUGAAUUAGAUUUUUGUUGCAUGG